AUUUGUUUUGAUUUACAGAAUUUGUUGAUUUUUUUUGGAGAAAUGGAAACUUUCAACAGCGUGCCUGGAUUUUGCCCGUCCUGUGGCUCCAUAUUGCCUCCACUGCAGGUAAAGGGCAACGUCAUCUGCCAUAACUGCAACCAAGAGUUUCUGCCCGAGGUUUAUAGCGGCGAAAAGUCGGAGUACAGCAUACAUUUCAACACCUACGAUCCCAGCAAGGUUUUCAACAGGACGAAGCGCGAGUCCGAGUCCUCGGAGGCUGAUGGGCCCGUUGUGGAGCGUAAAUGUCCCAAGUGCGGCCACGACAAGAUGUCAUACGCGACCCUACAGCUGCGAUCGGCGGACGAGGGUCAGACAGUGUUCUUCACCUGUCUGAAGUGCAAAUACAAAGAAUCUGAAAAUUCUUAGAUGCUAACA